GGCCGCCACCGCAAGCGCCGACGGACUUGCAGCAAAUCCGAGGGGCCUCGCCCGCCGCCCCCUCCCGCUGCCGAGAAGCCGAAGCCCCCCGGGAAAGCGGCGCAGCGGCCGCGGCACCAGGUGCGCAAGUUCCAGUACGGGAAUUACUGCAAAUACUACGGGUACCGCAACCCGGACGUGGAGGACGCGCGGCUGCGGGUGCUGCGGCCCGAGUGGUUCGCGGGGAAGGAGGUGCUGGACGUGGGGUGCAACGUGGGGCACCUCACGCUGAGCAUCGCCAAGCGCUGGGCGCCCGCCAGGGUCGUGGGGCUGGACAUUGACGGGCGGCUGAUCCGCUCGGCCCGGCAGAACAUCCGCCACUACCUGUCCGAGGGGCUGGGGGCGGACGGCGACGCCGCUGGGGGGGCCAGGAAGGGCUUCCCCGCCGCGCUCCUGGCCAGCCGGGGCCCCAUCGCUGCCCCGCAGCUCCCGCCCGACGGGCCCGGGGCCGCCGAUUUCCCGCACAACGUCGUGUUCGUCACGGGGAACUACGUCCCGGAGCGCGAGGAGGCCGUGGGGGCCCAGCGCCCCGAGUUCGACGUGCUGCUGCUGCUGUCCCUCACCAAGUGGGUGCAGCUCAACUGGGGCGAUGAGGGGCUCAAGCGGCUCUUCCGGAGGGCGUUCCGGCACCUGCGGCCCGGCGGGAUCCUGCUGCUGGAGCCGCAGCCCUGGGAGUCCUACCGCAAACGCAAGGGGCUCACGGAGACGACGUACCGGAACUACCAGCGGAUCCGGCUGCGGCCGGAGCAGUUCCCGGCAUACCUGACGUCCCCCGAGGUGGGGUUCGAGCGCUGCGAGCUCCUGGGGACCCCCCAGCACAGCUCCAAAGGCUUCCAGCGGCCGAUUUAUCUCUUCCACAAGGGACGAGGUGACGCCCCCUGAGCCCCCCAGAACUGCCCCCGGUCUGGGGGGGCCCUGAUGCUCCUGGCGUGGGGAAGGGGGGGGUUGCUCCCCACCCCACCAGAUGCCAAACGGGGGGAGGGGCUCUGUUUUCCCCCCUCCCCCCAAUUUUUGGGGUGUUCCCUCCCCCCCCCGGGCGUUUGCCGUGGUUUGCUCUGUGCGAGGGGGGGCCCCGGAAUAAAGGAGGUGAUUGGUCA